UUCUUUGAAGGGAUUGUCUACCGCUCAUUAGUUUCACCAUACAUGUAAUGUAAUAACCAACCACAAUUUUCACCUCGCUCCAUCCUUCGUUCGUUCCUUCCAAAAUCGUGGAACACAGAAACAGAGGAAACUCCGAAUUUUAUUGUCCACUUUCCCUACAUUGUUAAACAAAGGUCGCAUGUAACACCACCACCCUUGUUACUUCUUUUCCCUUUUUGCACCCAUUUAUGAUUGAUUAUACACCCUUCUCUUGUAGCAGAAAUUAAAGAACCCAACUCCUCCACAUUGUAGUAACAUACAUUUUCGGAAUGGCGAGGAAAAAUUAUUCAUCAUCUUCAUCUGCAUUGCGUUAUGUUCAACCUCGUUAUUACGCAAAAAGACCCAAACGUUUUGCAUUUCUCAUUUUCCUUUUAAUCUCUCUUGCAUGGUUUGUCUAUGAUCGUCAAUUACUCAGUAGAGAACACCAACAAGAUAUUUUCAGAUUAAAACAAGAGGUUACCCGCUUGCAAAAAACUCUGGAAGAUAUAAAGGGAAAUAUAAAAGGGUCAGAAGAAAGUAUUGAAAUUGAUGAAAAAAUCAACAAGGGUGUUUCUGUUGCGGAUGAGGAGGAGGAGGAGGAGGAGAAUGAUCCUAUUAGCUUAGAACGAAGAGAGAAAGUUAAAGAUGCCAUGCUUCAUGCAUGGACAUCUUAUGAAAAAUAUGCCUGGGCAAGGAUGAACUUAAGCUACAUGUUCCUCUCACAGCCACCAUCAAUGACUGGUGUUGACAGUUUUGGCGGUCUAGGGGCAACUUUAGUAGACUCUCUUGACACAUUAUUUAUUAUGGGCCUUGAUACCCAAUUCAAAAGAGCUAGAGAGUGGAUCGAGAAAUCAUUGUAUUUUAACAAGGACCUCGAAGUUAGUGUGUUCGAGACAACCAUAAGAGUUUUGGGUGGGCUUCUUAGUGCUUACGAUCUCUCUGGCGAUGAAGUCUUCCUCGAAAAGGCUAGAGAUCUUGCAGAUAGGCUUCUGCCUGCUUGGAAUACACCUUCAGGAAUCCCUUAUAACAGAAUUAACUUGGCUUAUGGCAAUACAGAUAACCCUAAGUGGACACGGGGGAACAGUAUUCUUGCAGAUUCUGGUUCAGAGCAGCUUGAAUUUAUCGCUCUCUCUCAAAGAACCAAAGAUCCCAAGUACCAGGAAAAGGCUGAGAAGGUCAUCAAAGAGCUUCGUAAAAGGUUUCCCGAGGAUGGGUUGCUUCCCAUAUAUAUUAAUCCACUAACCGGAGAUAAAUCAGCUGGAGCAAUUACAUUUGGUGCUAUGGGUGAUAGCUUCUACGAGUAUCUGCUCAAGGCCUGGAUACAAGGAAACAAGACUGAAACGGUGAAGUUUUACAGGGAAAUGUGGGAGACAUCAAUGAAAGGUCUACAAAGCUUGAUUAAGAAGUCAACACCGUCAUCUUUUGUGUACAUAUCUGAGAAACUUGGAAAUUCACUCAUUGACAAGAUGGAUGAAUUAGCAUGUUUUGUUCCUGGAAUGCUGGCUUUGGGAUCUUCUGGCUACGGUCCUGGAGAAGAUGACAAAUGUAUGGCUCUUGCAGAGGAGCUUGCAUGGACCUGCUACAAUUUUUACCAGUCAACGCCAACUAAAUUAGCAGGGGAGAACUAUUACUUCCGCAAGGACGAGGAUAUGAAUGUUGGUACCUCAUGGAAUAUCCAAAGACCUGAAACAAUAGAGUCACUGUUCUACCUCUGGCGUUUCACCAGAAACAAAACAUACCAAGAAUGGGGUUGGAAUAUUUUCCAAGCAUUUGAAAAGAACUCUCGCACUGAAACAGGAUAUGUUGGACUCAGAGAUGUGAAUACAGGUGACAAAGAUGACAUGAUGCAGAGCUUCUUCCUUGCAGAAACCCUCAAGUACCUCUAUCUCUUGUUUUCACCACCUUCCGUUAUCUCUCUCGAUGAAUGGGUGUUCAACACAGAAGCACACCCUUUAAGAAUUGUUACUAGAAAUUCUCAUGAAGAAGGACAGAGUAUAGACCCAGAGGAAAAAAUUCCUCAUCAUUUGCAUGGUAGAAAAGAAGGUCGAAUUGAUUACAAGUAGUUAAGGGUUGUUGCUCUAUGAUUGUAGCAACAAACCCUGAAGGUAUGCAUGACUUCCCUUUUCUCAAAUAUCCAGGACAUAUUUGUGCUACGUGACAGCCGUUGUCACGGUCUUGCAUGUGGGGGUGAUCCACCAUUUUGGUUGAUUCUUGCAGAGAGGCAACUCGUCCUGCUCCAUCAACAUGCAGUUGGUUUGUCUGUGGCCUCUAAUCUGAAGUUAUGUGGGUAAUGCAGUAAAGAAUACUUAGAAGAUUUUUUUGGUUUCAGUAGUAGUAGGAUAAAUGUGGGUGUGUAAAAGCCUGUGUAGAUAUUGAAACCUCUCUACUUACAGUUUUAAUUAUUUUCUGCACUUGUAAAUUCUUGUAUAUCAAUUGACUGACCACUUACAGAAACGUGGUGCAAUAUGAGAUAUCAGUUCUGAAACUUUUAGAAUUUCAGGCUCUUCCAUUUAAAAAAUUGGGCAAAUUUGAGUUUGAUAUCA